AUGACUAUACAUCAGUUAUCUCCAGAAUCCCAAUGGAAGAUUGUUUCUAGUUCCUUUAUUUACGGUCCGGUAGCUGCUGUAAGGGAAUUAUUAGAUAAUAGCAUCGAUUCGGGUGCUAAAAAAGUAUUCAUCGAUGUAGAUUCCACUACGGGAGGAUGUGAAUAUAUAUCAGUCAAGGACGAUGGAUCAGGUGUGGAUAUUAUCGACAGACCUUCUAUGUGCUUGGAAUACACCACAUCAAAGAUGAGUAGUCUCGGAGAUAUUUCGAUUCUGACUACUCUUGGAUUCAGAGGUGAAGCAUUGUUUCUUUUGUCAAACUUGUGUAACCAGAAAGGCUCAAUGCAGGUUGAAACAAAAACUGCAGAUGAUGUCAUUGGAGAAAAAUGGUUAGUUGAUAGUAAGGGUGGUAUUACCAAUGGAAAAAGGUACAAGGUAUCUUGUCCCGUGGGGACUACAGUAAUAUUAAGGAAACUUCUGGGAGGGUUACGAGCAAGGUAUCUCGAAAUUUCUUCGAGGCCAAGAAAAACAUUCGAUGAACUAAUCUAUUUAAUAAACCAUUAUUCUCUAAUUCAUAGAAAUAUUCGGUUUUAUUUUUCGUUGGUGUCAUUACAAAAAAAUGGUGCCAUAGAGCGUAAACAAAUGCAAGAAACGUUAGACCCUAAGAUUUCUAGAGCUAGAAGUUUGUCCCUACUAGCUAGACUAAAAAAGCCUGUGCCGCUGAACUUUAUUGUAGAAGAAAACUUUGUUAUCGACGAAAAAAUAAAUUUAGAUUUGAUCUUACCGAGGAUGGUGCCAGAAUCUGACGUUAUUAAUAUAAAGAGACGAUUUAAAUUUUUAUCUGUUAAUGAGAGAGCGCUAUCUUUGAACUUGGAGACGGGGAAGACUAUUUCUAAGUUACUAUCGUCAAUCUAUAGAGAUUUCUCUUUACUAGAUCCUAUGGUUUGGUUUAUUAAUUUAAAUUGCGAUACAAAGCUUCUUGACGUAAAUAUCGAACCAGAGAAAAAUGACGUGAUGAUCAAAAGUUUUGAAGUGAUAUUUAAGAAGAUAGAGAAUAAGUUAAAGUUGUUAUUGGAGGAGAGAAUUGGCAUCGAAACAAAUAUGCUGGGAGAUAAACAUGUUCAGCCUUCUAUCAACGAAAAAACUUCUCCCGCACUGGUGAUACCUACACCCGACGCAGAGAAUGAAAUAUCAAAGGGCUGUGGUGCUGUUAGUGGUAAAGACAAGACUGACAUCCCACAAAAAAACUCAGAUUUGAUAGUACCAACUUUUUACGAUGAAGCAAACUUAGAGAAUACGACCAUUGUCGCUGCUACUCCUUCACCUACAAAAUUUAGCGAGGAUAAAGCUCUUGACGAACAAACUCAGCUGACCAUUUCAAGUUAUAGAAGCUCGAGUUCCGGGUCUAUGGCUUCCGAGGACAGUACUAAUUGGCGACAUAAUUUCCAACAAGAACUAAGCGAAAAUAGUGAAGUAGCAGGAGCUGGAUCCUCAACAUUACCCUCGUCAUUAACUUAUAACUAUAUAGAAACUAUUCCAGAGAACGAGGAUUUAGAACUUUCUAAGGACGCUUCUAUUUCUAAUCCUUUUAUGAUCACAAAAAUAAGAAACGUCAACAAGAAACUGAGCGAAAACUUACUUGAGGCCAAACGUACUAGCUGUGGAGAUGCCAAUAAAAGGGGAAUGCCCAACGAAAGACAGCUUUCAAAUACAGAAAAAAAGGAACUAAUAAAGCUUCAGCAAACCUACGGUAAAAGAAACAAUACCGUGGACAUGACCAUUCCACGAAAUUCGAAAAAAAAAGUAACUGAUAAUUAUAUAAAGAAAGCAUCCUGCAUGCACAAAACAAGGCCGAAACUCAUGCAUUUUUCCGAGUAUACCAACAACUACGUCUAUACCCUGAAGAAUGAAAAAAUUGUUAAGCAUGACAGCGAUAACUUUGCCAAAGAAACUCUGUGGUUACGAUCGAGGGACGAUGCCACAAGCCCUUCUUCCAGUCUUUUGCAAGCCUUGCGAGCGCAUGUGAAGAAACCGGGACACAUUGAAGCCACGACAAAUGAAUGGUGCCUCUUCACGCCAGACAGCCCCUGA